AUGAGAAUAAUAAAGCGCAGUGAGGUAAAAUCAACAGAAUUAGCGAAGGCGGCAGCUGUCCCUACCUGGACAGGGAUAAUCCAGCUACUGCCUAUGCUCUGGUAACUUCAAGGUUAGAUUACUGCACAUAGUGCUGCCUCUGAAGACGGUUCGGAAUUCAGCGGCCAGGUUGCUCACUGGAGCAAGGCAGGUUGAGCAUAUUACACUGAUCCUGGUCCAACUGCACUGCCUGCAAAUUAGUUUCCUGGCCCAAUUCAAAGUGCUGAUUUUGACCGAUUAAGCCUUAAAUGGCAUAGGACCGCAAUACCUCAAGGACCGCCACUUUCCAGAUGAACGUACCCAGACCCUGAGAUAAUCUUCUGAGGCCCUUAUUUGUUCCUUGUCCCUGAGAGAUCUGGAGGGUGGCAACACAAGAACUGGCCUUCUCUGCAGUGGCUCCCCGUCUGUGGAAUGCUCUCCCCAGGGAAGUUCACCUGGCACCUUCAUUGAUUGACACCCAAUGGCUUUUUAAAAUGUGUUGGGGAGGGAGGGGGAUUAUUGGUUUUUUUACUUUUGUGUAUUUUGUGUUUUUAUAUUUUGGUUUAACUUGGAACUGCCCUAAGACCUGCGAGUGUAGGGCAGUAUACAAAUUUAAUAAAUAGUAAUUAUUAUUAUACAGGGUGAUGUACAGACUGACACGUGUGUGUGUGUGUUUGUGUUUGUAUGCAACAGGCUAAGCAACCUGUUUUACUUUUGGAGCUAGAAUAUAGCACAUAAGAACAGCAGUAUUUGCUGUAUUAUUUUUUUUCCUUUUCUGCAGGUUUGGUACCUGCUAGAAGACAGAGAAUGGAACACAGAGACAGGAUCUAGAGAGAUCUCCAAGUUUUGGAAUCGACCUCUGUUCAACUCCUUAAGCACUGACAUAAUACAGUAUUGCUCUCAUUGA